AUGAACCGCCUCUUCGGCUCCAAGAAGCCCAAGGAGCCAGCUCCUAGCCUGACUGACAUGGUCGCCUCGGCCGAUUCACGCGCCGAGAGUAUUGAGAAGAAGAUUGCCAAGCUUGACAUUGAGCUCAAUAAGUACAAGAAGCAGAUUCAACAGCUCAAGGGCAAGCCCGGGGAGAAAAUGGUCCGCCAGCGUGCGAUGCGUGUGCUCAAGCAGAAACGCACGUAUGAGAAUCAGCUCGGUCAGGUUCAGCAACAGUCCUUCAACAUGGAGCAGCAAAAUUUUGCCAUUCAGUCGCUGCAGGACACCCAACACACGGUGGCCGCGAUGAAGGAAGGAGCCAAGGCCAUGAAGACCCAGUUCAAGAAGCUUAACGUCAGCCAAAUCGAGGACAUUCAAGACGAGCUUGAAGACCUGAUGGAGGACCAAAACGAGAUUCAGGAGAUUCUUGCUCGCAGUUACGGCAUGGACGAUAUUGAUGAGGGUGACUUGGAUGCUGAGCUGGACAUGUUGGGUGAGCUGGAUGAUUUGGAUUUGGGCGAGGACUUUUCCCUGGACGACAUGGCCUCGGUCCCCACUGCCACGCCCAAUGCCAACCCCGCGAACGGUCAGGCAGAUGCCGUGGGCGUGGACGAAUUUGGCUUGCCUUUGAUUCCAAACUAG